CUUAUUGUGGUGGAGGGGUUUGUGUGCUUGAAUGAUCCUAGGAGCUAUGUUGUCGGGGGCAUUACGCCCCUGUUAGAGUCUCCCAAGGCAGACAGGUCCUAGGUGACAGGCCAGACCAAGAGCAGUUCACCAAAACCCUUAUGGAGAAUAAUCGAUCAAGGACCAUGACGUCGCCUGGUAUGGCGCAGCCGGGGCCCCACCCUGGAGCCAGGCCUGGGGUUGGGGCUCGUAUGCGAGCGCUUGGUGGCCGGGCCUUUGUCCACAGGGCCCGGCCAGGCUCAGCCCGAAGCGGUGAUGUGGGCCCGACCUCCUGUGGGUUCACCACCCAUAGAGGUAGCUGUAGGGGGCCGGUGCAGUGUGGAUUGGGUGGCAGUCGAAGGCAGGGGCCUCGACAACCUGAUCCCCAAACACAGCGGCUAGCUGUUGGGACAUGGAAUGUCACUUCGCAGUAAAGAGUUUCGGUCUAAAAUUUGAGAGCUAACUACCUAAAAAACAACAGGGGUGGGUUGUCCCCAUUAUGAGGCAAACUGGUCUUGAACUAGCCUGGGCCCGCCCAUCCUAAGUGUGACGCAACACGAGGGCCUGUUGCGAGCUUAGUCUGGCAAGGCAAGCUAUCUACAGCUCUUCCAAGCUCCCGAAUAAUCGGGAGCCAAUCAACUUUGAGCAUCUCCAACGGCCCUGGGCAGAGGCGUGUUCAAGGCACUGACAUAGUAGAACUGCGACCGGAAGCCAUAGAUUGUUUACAGAAUCUAUGCCGGAAGUGCUUCAUUCACUAGAAACAUUACGAACAUGGAGCAGCGGCAAGCCUUUGACACAGCGGUAGAUGCUGUAUUGAAAGCAUUCAACGGGAAGUUCUCAUUGAAAAUGGAGCAAAGAGCAGCCCUGGAGGUAUUUAUUGAAAGGAAGGACGUUUUCGCCUUGCUCCCGACUGGCUUCGGUAAGAGUUUAAUCUACCAGUUAGCCCCGUCGCGUCACAUACGUCAGAGGAAAGAGUGAUGUGAUUGGUUUAAGCUUCAUCACAGCCUUUUCUGGCUUCGACCAGUAGCAAACUGAGGCAUUUCAGGGAGGCGGGUCAACCACGCCUUUGGGAAACGGUUGGGCUUAAUAUCUUUGCCAGACCAAAUGCUCACAGAGCUUUGAAGUCGCAUUAGCCAGACUAGUCUUGAACACCCUGUGGGAUGUAUGAACAUAUGAGUCUAUCCAUUCUGGAUUGAAAGCUCUGUUUUCUCUGUGUCUUUUCCUUAUUUUAGAGCAUGCCAUGUCUGUUUCCCUCACUCACUUCAGACUUCUGUCUCCUUGUGGCUGGCUGCACGUGUGUGUGUUUUUCUAUCUAUUUUCACACACGCACAUGCUCACGCUCCACUUGCAUCGUUCCUCUGAAUAUGCGUUACAAUGCACGCGAUUGGUCUGUGCGUUUUCUAUGUAUGUACGUUGACUACUGUAAAAAUGAGAAACUGUGCAGGUUAAAAUAAGACCACUGUAAAUGCAAGAAAAGUUGCGCAGAUUAAAACACAAAUGGUCUGUCAAAAUCUAAUAAAAGGUCUGGGUCCAUAUAGAAUGGCAUCUGGGUCCAGAUCCAGACCGUGGUUUGUCAUUUUAUUUUUGGUGAUCUUGGCUAUACGCUAGGCUGACUCAUCGUCACCCCACUGAUCUGACCCACCACCGUGGUGUCAUCUGCGAAUUUGAUUCUGGUGUUACGUCCAUGGACAGGAAUGCAGUCAUAGGUGAACAAGGAGAAUGGAAGAGGGCUCAGCAUGCAGCCUUGUGGCACGCUGGUGUUCAGGGUUAUAGUGGUUGAGGAGAGAUUGUGUAACUUACCAGACUGGGAUCUGUUAGUCAGAAAGUCCUGAGUCCAGUUGCAGAGGGAUGUGCUAAUACCAAGCUGGCUAAGCUUGGCGAUCAGCUUGGAGGGGAUCACAGUGUUAAAUGCUGCACUGAAAUCAAUAAACAGUAUUCUGAUAUACGAGUUGUGGCAGUCCAGGUUACCAAAUUGUUGGUGUAAAGUUUUAUUUUUAAUUGGAGGACCAAAUUUGAGCACUUGUCGUGAUUCGGCAAAUAGAGUUUAUUUUUUGGAUUUAGUUUGGCUUUAAGGGCUGUGGCAGUGGAGUGCUUUGGCACUGGCACAAUGGAGGCAGUCUUGAAGCUGGUGUGGACAACUGCCUGGGCCAGGGACAGUUUGAAAAUGUCCAAAAAGGUCCUGGACAACUGCUCUGCCUAGGCUCUAAGCACACAGCCAGAUAUUCCAUCAGGUCCAGCUGCCAUAUGUACAUUCACCCUGUUCAGAGUAGAGAAAAUGUCUGAGGUGGAGAAAGUGAGAGGCUGCUCCUUAGAUGUAAGUUUUGCCUUGUUGAUGACAACCUUAUUUCCCUGAUCAAUGCGAGUGUAGAAGUAGUUGAGCUCAUCGGGCAGGGAUACAGUGCUGGUUGGUUUGAUGUCAGUGGUGGUCUGUAUCCAUUGGCACAUGCCCCAGGGGUCAGAGGAAUUGAAGUGCUCUUCAGUUCUGUUUAUAGUUGUGUUUAGCCUGGGAGAUUCCCCUUCUCAGAUUGGUCCUGGUUGAGCUGUAAGCUUCCUGGUCUCCAAGCCUGAAGGCUGCAUCUCUUGCUUUGAGCAGGAGGCAAACCUCUCUGUUCAUCCGGGGCUUCUGAUUGGGGAAGGCUAUGAUUUCUUGUAGAUUGUCACUCUGUCCACACACUUGUUAAUGCCAAGCAAAACCCAAUCAUCAUGUCUGAUGAUGCAACAGGAGCAAAGAGAGAUGAUCAGACUGUCUGAGGUGGGGGAGGGGUGUAACUUUGUAAGCAUUAGCCACAUUGGUGUAAAUGUGAUCCAAAGUUGUUGUGGUGUUUUUUUUGUUUUGUUUUGUUUUUUGUCCCCUUGUGGUGCAGGAGACUGGUGAAACCUUGGAAGUACAGAUCUCAAAGUGAAGUGAUUAAAAUCCCCAGUGACAAUCAAGGCACCAUCUGGAUGCAUGGUUUGCAACUUGCUAAUAGCAGCACAAAGUUCUUUCAUGGCCUUUUCUGCAUUAGCAUCCAGAGGGGCACAAACUGCAGCAGCAAAAAUGCAGGAUUAUGGAUCAUGCUAGUUUGUCUCUGCCUGCCUGUUUUGACUCAUUUCUGGAACUGUGACUAUGAUAUUUGGACUUCCUUAAAUAAAUCCAGUGUUUCUCUCAAGCAAAUGCGUCUUUCCUCUUCACCUCUGCACUGCACAUUACAAUAUCACACUACCCAGCUGUUACCAUGGGAACUGUGGCAUCGUACUGUGAGCAGAAACACGUUUGUUCUUUCAAAGUAGAAGGUAAGCUUCUAAAAAAUUCAUUUUUAUAGAAUGGGAUGUGUUCAUUAUGAAGCUCCUCAAUGGUUUUGAAUUUGGAGACUGACCACAAUCAUUUACAUCAGUUAAUGCCUGUCUCCUCAUGGUCCUAAUGGCCACCAAUUUCCUACAUAUUUUAGUCCUCAGCAUUCAUCAGUGUUGCACUAUUCACUGAACUGCUGUAACAAAUCAAUGUAUACCCUAAAGGCUAAACCCUAUCCCCUAUACUCUACAUUUUAACCCCUACACCCUUACAUCAUAACCCCUAAACUCUUACGCAUUUAACCCUAACCCUUUCACUGAGUUGUGAGUGUUUAGGGGAGGUGGUCAUUACCUUCCGGUAGUGUGGAGACGCCGGCGCCGGAACACGGCUGUUCAAGAUGUAGAUGUGACAGGAUGGCCGGCAAUCAUGGAAGUCUCCAACUCAGUUUUUGCUGGCAUGUGUGUCGUAUGCUGUUGGUUUGGGAAAUGUGUGGAGGUUUCCUUAUCUCUGCCAGAUGCAUGGAGGAGGAGGAUUUCUGAUCCCGUACAUCAUCAUGCUCUUUCUGGAGGGAAUUCCUCUUUUCUAUUUGGAGCUCGCUGUUGGACAGAAGAUGCGCUUAGGCAGUGUCGGCGCAUUCACUUCCAUCAGUCCCUACCUAGGAGGAGUGGGGUUUGCAAGUGUUAUCAUGUCUCUAUAUCUAUGUUUGUAUUAUAACAUAAUUAAUGCCUGGAGCUUCUGGUACCUUUUCCACUCCUUUCAGGCGACUUUGCCCUGGACACAAUGUCCACUGAACUUUAAUCAUACAGGAUAUUUAGAGGAGUGUGAAGUUGCCACUCCAACGCAGUAUUUCUUCUUCCGUGAGACAUUGAACAUUUCAUCAUCCAUUGAUGAAAGUGGUGUUGGUAUUCACACGGGACUGGCACUCUGCCUCCUCGUGUCCUGGUGUGUUGUCUACCUCUUCAUCAUCAGAGGAGUAAAUUCUACUGGUAAAGUGGUGUAUUUCACUGCAACAUUUCCGUACCUGGUUCUGAUUGUGUAUCUAAUCCGUGGUGUCACUCUGCAUGGAGCACUAAAUGGAGUGAAAUACAUGUUCACUCCAAAGCUGGAGCAGUUGGCGAAUCCUCAGACAUGGAUUAAUGCUGCUACUCAGAUCUUCUUCUCUCUUGGUUUGGGUUUCGGUUCUCUCAUUGCUUUUGCCAGUUAUAAUGAUCACAAUAACAACUUUGAGCGCCAGGCUAUUGUUGUUACCUUAAUUAACAGCGGAACGUCAAUUUUCGCCAGCAUCGUUACCUUCUCCAUCUACGGCUUCAAAGCCACAUUCAACUACGAGAGCUGCUUAGAGAGGAUGAGACUUUUACUUCUGAACACGUUCAAUCUCGCUGAAGAUGCCAUUAAUAAAGAAAAUGUGAAGUCAUGGAUCCGUGUGUUAAAUCUCACACACCCUGAGCAGUUUGCACUCAUUCAACACAAACUAGAGUCCUGCAGUCUGGAAGCCGAACUCGACACGGCUGUUGAAGGCACUGGGUUAGCAUUCAUUGUAUACAGUGAGGCGAUCACAAACAUGCCGACUUCUCAGAUCUGGUCUGUUCUCUACUUCUUCAUGUUGCUGAUGUUGGGGAUGGGAAGCAUGCUGGGAAAUGUGACCGCCGUAAUAACACCACUGAUGGACUUCAGAAUCCUUGCACGGAAAUUCAAUCAUGCCACACUCAAUGGUCUGGUGUGUCUUUUCUGUUUGCUGCUGGGUUUGGGUUUCACCACACAGUCAGGUAAUUACUGGUUUACGAUGUUUAAUGAGUAUGGUACGACGUUCUCAUCGCUCUUCAUCGUGCUGAUUGAAGUUGUCACCGUUUCCUACAUCUAUGGACUGAACAGGUUUGAGAAGGACAUCGAGGACAUGCUGGGUCAUCGGCCAAACUGGUACUGGAAAAUCAUGUGGCUUUUUGUGAGUCCAUUACUGCUGAUCAGCCUCUUCAUCUUCUACAUUGUAAGUUACAUUCAGGGAGGAACACCGACAUAUCAGGCAUGGGAUAAAACCAUGGGAAAGUCGGUAAAAAUGGAAUAUCCUGUUUAUGGUCAGAUCUUCAUUGUUCUUCUCCUUGUCUCAUCAGUGAGCUGUGUCCCCAUUGUAGCUAUUUAUGCUUUCUGUUCAAGACACAAACGGGCAGUAACAGUAUGUGAGGAAAUCAAUACCACAUCAUCCACCAUAACAGCAUAACAUCCACCAAAAUGCCUAUUAUAACAUCUGCCACAUUAUGCACUGUGAGAUUCAUCAUAUGAUGUAUAGGAAAAAGUAGCUGAGGAAAUUAAUGUCUGAAACUCUUUACAGUUAGAGUGAUUAGUCAUUUUAACAGAAGAGUAAAUAAACCUGGCCAUUUGAUAUUUUAAACGGGUAAAGGUAGACUGCCUUUCAGAUUUUUUAAGUGUAGAUCAUAAAAAUCAUUUUCCCUGACACCCAAUUAUUUUUGUUUAGUGGACCAAAAGCUACUGAAUUCGAAUCACAGACUUCCAAUUUUAUUAGUUUUUUCUUCUUCUAAUAGAACAAUUAAUGAAUGUCGGGCCAUGUGGCCCUAAAUUCUCUAUUUUUUCCUGCUUCACCAUGACCCAAUUCAAAAUUCUACGUCAUGCAUCACAUAGUGGGCUUUCCCCAUUCGUGCAAGGCAUUGUGGGAUACAAAUUUGAAACAGGAGAGAAAAAUGGAGGGUGCGAAUGAAACGUCAAAGACCGACUACAGUAACGGAAUGUGAGAAGAAAAGAUGUUAUAUUGUGAAGGAAAGGAAACGCAGGACCAAACUAAUAAAUAUCGGUGGUCAGUGAGCACCUCGGUGUGAUCAGCUGUUCGUUUAGCGACAGAAUGAUGGGACUGUCAGUGCACAGUCAAAGGGAAACCUGCGUAUACAGACUUCCUCUGUCUGCUUAAUUGUGUGAAGCAAGUGAUUUCAUGCACAUUAUUUGCGAGGUAAUCCCCUCAAAUUAAAUAACUUCCCAACCAUAGAAUGGCCUGAUAUUUUGUGAGAUAUUACAGAAAUAAACAUAUAUCACAAUGACUAAAUUUCACAGACUUGAUGAAAUCGAAAGGCAGUCUCGCUUUAAAUACACAGUCCAAAUGUACAAUUACAGAUUGUUUACUUUCAUCUGUAUAAUAUGGAAAAAAUGGAGGAAAAAAGGAAUAUGAACAGCACUUUACACAGCAAUAGGUUCCAUGUUAGAAUACACAGUCCAGUUAAAAGAACACUUCACAUAAUGCAGUCAUAAUUAUUUAACCCUAAAAACCUGUGAAUUAAACAUUUUUAAAAUGUAAGUUUUGUAAGAUUUUGUUCCUAGAGCAAUGUAGAAUUUGUUAUAAUUUGAAAUGAUGCGAUCAUAAUUGUUUACUGUGUAGGGAAAUCAGUAAUAUGGGGGGGGGGGGGGGGAGAGAAACAAACUUAUGCAUUUUUGGAGGAAGUAAUCUUUGUAAAAAUGUAGAAAUUAUAUUUGAAAGGCACUGUCUGAGAUGUAUUAAUGUUUAAUGGUUUUUUUCACCAAAGUGAUGGGAUGUAACAUAUUACAUGUUGAAGAUCAGAAGCUCGAAAGCGCUUCACCAAGUUUGGAUUUUCUGAUGCUAUAAAGCUUAAAUGAAAGCAAUUUAACAGUUGUUUUCAUGUUCUUAUUCUAGAGUAAUUCUAAAAUAUCACCCAGACUCCAGGAGGUUUAAUAGAAUGCAUAGUGGUCUUUAUCAUAAAGUUGUUUAUACAGUACCAGUCAAAAGUUUGGACACACUCAUUCAUAGUAAUACAUAUAUUAAAG